CUUGCCGUGGGAAUUCCUGCAGUGGUAAUGGUGCGGGACCCUGGUCUCGAAGCCCGGAGGAGCUCUGCACUGGUUUAUCCUAUUUAGCAAUGCUGAACUCUGCCCUACGCCUGCUGAUAACUGCUGCUGGCUAUACCGAUCCGGUCAUGUAAUGCAGUUUGUUGCAUGGUUUUGCCAGUGUUUUCUUUAGGGGAAAACCAAUUAUACAAGUCAGGUUUAACCUGCUUAAUGGAGAACCGAGUUUUUAAACAAUGCUGGCAAAUACUUUUUUUCAUCUUGUAAGAUCGUUUCAGUUUUUUCAUACAGUCACAUUCUGAACUAAGUAUCUGAAUUUCUUACUAUCUUUAGUGAUACAGGAUGCUGUUUCCUUUGGUAUUGUGCGCAGUUGUGCUAACAGGGAGUGGUAAAGUUCAAGGUGAUGAGUGGAUUGACCCUACAGAUAUGCUCAAUUACGAUGCAGCAUCAGGAACAAUGAGAAGACCUUACAAGGCAAACUAUCAUGACUCAGAGGAGAAGACUGUGGAUACAGUCAGUACUGAAAUCUUAUCGAGUUGUUCCAGGGAAGUAGAUUCCUUGCAACAGAAGAUUGCAGAAUGUGAGAACAGGAUUUUUUUUAGCUGUAGCUUUUAUAUUUUGAAGCGAUACUUGAAUAAGAUUUUGAAUGAAGCUGGAAAACUUGGCCUUCCUGAGGAAAAUGUGGGCCACGUCCAUUACGAUGCUGAGAUCAUCCUUACAAAAAAGACAUACUUGGAGAUCCUCAGGUUUCUCACUGAGGAAACUUGGCAGUCAGGUGCUGUGGAUGAUGCACUUAGUGAUAUUUUGAUCAAUUUUAAGCACCAUGAUUAUCAAGCUUGGCACUGGAGAUUUGAAGACACUUUUGGAAUUGAUCUAUAUAACGUGUUUCUGAUACUCUUGUGCUUAGUGUGCAUUGUGACUGUAAUAGCUACAGAGCUCUGGACACGUAUUCAUUGGCUUGUUCAGCUAAAACGCGUUUUAUUAAUAAGUUUUCUCAUCAGUUUUGCAUGGAACUGGCUUUACUUGUAUAAGCUGGCCUUUGCACAGCAUCAAGCAGAAAUUGCGAAAAUGGGGCAGUUUGAUAACAUCUGUUCUGAGAAGCUGGACUGGGGGGAAAGUCUAAUUGAAUGGCUCAGAAGUAAAUGGACAUUUCAGGAUGAUCCCUGUCAGAAGUACUACGAAACUCUACUAGUAAAUCCUGUUUUGCUGGUUCCACCAACAAAGGCACUGGCAAUUACUUUCACCAACUUUGUAACUGAGCCUUUGAAGCACGUAGGACAAGGUAUUGGUGAAUUCAUCAAAGCACUUAUGAAGGAGAUACCAUUUAUUCUGCAGGUUCCAGUGCUAAUUAUGAUGGCUCUGGCUGUUCUGGCUUUCUGCUAUGGUGCAGGAUCAUCAGUGCCUAUGUUAAGAUACUUAACAUCUUUUCAGAAGAAAAGUCUUCCUCCACCUGACAGUCAACAGGAGAAAAUAGACUUUGGGCAGUAUGAUGGGAGUAAAUCAGAUGGCUAUUAUUCGCAGAAGCUUCCUUACAUUUAUAGAGGACCUUACGAUAGAGGAGAUGCUCCUGUGAGGCCAGGAAAUGCCAGCAGAAGUCCUGACAUCAUGCAUAGAAGCAAUGAGCCAGAUACGCAAGUAGAAGAGUCUCACAAACCGGAACCUGGUAAUAGAUUGCACACUGAGUCUGAAGUUUGUAGACUAGAAACUAUCGCAGCUGAAAACCUUGCUGAAGAACAUGCCCAUGAGCAGCAGAAACAGGAGCCAGGCAGAGCAGAGCGAGAGACUGGAGAAAAUUGUGAUCCUGGUAAAAACCUAGAAAGGAGAAGUUCUGCAACGGAACCAUGUGAAGAAAAGAAAAAGAGCAGAUCACGUGACUCAGGGGACAGUGACUAAGGACACCCCAAGAUCGGCUGUGGAGUAGAAGAUGUGGCCACUGAAGCAGCUGAGAAUCUGUUCUUCUCCUGAAAGUAGCAUCUCUGAUCAUCCAUCCUGUUACUCUGG